CUCUUCUUCUCUGUUUCUUUACGCGCGUCGAAUCUUCCUCUACUCCACGUUCUUCUUCUCCUACAUUCAAUUACACCACCUCCGAAACCCUAGCCUCAGCCCUAAUUUUUCAACCAUGGAAUCCAUCGGUGUAUUGAUGACUUGUCCGAUGAACACUUACCUCGAGCAGGAGCUCGAUAAGCGCUUCAAUCUUUACAAGUUCUGGCAGUUUCCUCAGAGGACUCAAUUCCUCGCGGAGCACUGGAAUUCGAUUCGUGCUGUAGUUGGAAAUGCAACGGCUGGUGCCGAUGCCACUUUGAUUGAUGCCUUGCCGAAGUUGGAGAUCGUCUCCAGCUUCAGUGUGGGAUUGGAUAAGAUUGAUCUCAGAAGGUGCAAGGAGAAGGGGAUUCGGGUCACCAAUACUCCCGAUGUUUUAACUGAAGACGUUGCGGAUUUGGCGAUUGGCUUGAUUAUAGCGGUGCUGAGGAGGUUGUGUGAAUGCGAUAGAUAUAUCAGAAGCGGGAAAUGGAAGAUCGGUAACUACAAAUUGACUACCAAGUUCUCUGGAAAAUCAGUUGGCAUUAUUGGUUUGGGAAGGAUUGGCUUGGCAAUUGCCAAGAGAGCUGAAGCAUUCAACUGUCCAAUAUCUUACUAUUCAAGAACAGAAAAGGAAGGUUCUAACUACAAGUACUAUUCAAACCUUCUUGAGUUGGCCUCGAACUCUGACAUUCUGAUUGUUGCUUGCUCGCUAACAAAAGAAACCCACCACAUCAUUAAUCGCAAAGUUAUCGAUGCAUUGGGUCCAAAAGGUGUUCUCAUCAACAUUGGGAGGGGUCCGCACGUUGAUGAACCCGAAUUAGUAGCUGCCCUGGUUGAAGGCCGAUUAGGUGGUGCGGGGCUUGAUGUGUUUGAGCAUGAGCCUGAAGUGCCCCAAGAGCUCUUUGCACUUGAAAACGUCGUCCUGGUGCCUCAUAUAGGAAGUGGAACUGUUGAAACUCGCACAGAAAUGGCUAACCUUGUGCUUGGAAACCUGGAAGCUCACUUCUCCAAUAAACCUCUGUUAACUCCGGUGGUGUAGUUUUGUGAUCGAGACAAAUAUUAGCCUAUGUUGUUGCCUGGAGAUUUCUAUGGCAUCUACAACCAGUAACCAUCAGACCAUUCUUUCCAGAUAUCGGCAAAUGCCUCGGGUGAACGAAUUGAUUUGAUGAUUACUACCUGGUGAUGUUCAUAAUUUGAAUCUUCUAAGACUAUUGCUUUAAUCCCUUAUUGGUAUUGUUUAAGGCCACACUUCAACUUUUCUUAUCAAUCUGAUGAAAUUGCUUAGCGCUGUUGAUAUAUGAAGAUAUAUGAGGAAAUGUUGUUGGGCGUAAGGUUUGGUGAA